AUGAAAUUCGAUAAUGAAAUCGUGAGAUCACAUGAUGAACUUCUUGAGGAAAUACAAAAAUUAGAAAAAUCAAAUUAUUUGUCAUUGGAUCUUUUUGAUCAAAUUGAACAAUGGAAAAAAACAACAAUCAACAAAGUAAAACAAGCAGCCGAAAAAGCUCAUCAUGAACUUAUCGAAUUAAUUGAUAAACAAAGAAUAACAACAAUAAAACAACUUGAACCGAUCACAAAAGAAAUUCGUUGUCUGAGAGAAGAAGAAAAUUUUGCUGAAGAUGAUAUUGAUCGACUUAAACAAAAAAUCAAUGAAAUACAAAAUAAACUUCAACAAUUUACUCAGAAAGGUACAACCAAAGCCAUCCUUGUUGUUAAUAAUCAAAUUGAUUGGAAUCAAAUCAUUUACAUCCGAGAGCAACAACAACAACAAAAUUGUGAGUACAUUGAACUAAAGUCCUAG